AUGUUUUUUUUUCCAAAACUUAGGAAACUUAUAGGUUCAACUUUAAUCGAACAAGACACAAGAAAUUCAUCAGGAAAAGAAGAGAUCAUGUCGAAUAGCCGAUUAGCACUUGUUAUUAUCAACCAUGCCUUUGAUAAAGUAAUAUCUUUAACAUGGCAUUGUGGAAUUUUAUCAGAAAUAAGAUCAGGCCUGAUGUUAAUGUUCAACAUUUUUCAGUUAAUGUGUUCUUUGGGUGUGAUCAUAUUGCUGUUGCCCAUUAUCAUACUGGACGCGAUCGACUUGUUCCUUUAUAUAUGCCGAUUGCUUGAUUACGGUUGCAAGUUAUUCCACUAUAAUAGAUCGUCAUUACCAGUAGGAGAUGGAAAAGAAGAGACCAGUGGGCCCACGAGCACAAAGGAAGAAAUAAUCAUUGAUGAGGAAAUAAUAAAUAUGCUAAAUGAGUCUUCAGAAUCAUUGAUUGAUCAUAUUACAGCUGGUUUGGAAUAUGAUACUCGUUCAGAAAGUGCUAACAAAAGCAGACGUAUGAAUUUAUCUAGUACAGUUACGUUUGUAAGGCAGAAUAAAAAUAGUAAUGAAAGGAAGGAAGACGCUUACUAUGAGGAAGAGGACGAUGAUUUUCUAUCAAAUCCGAAUUAUGAUAAGAUAUCAUUGAUCGAAAGAUCAUUUACGAGUCGUUUUGAAGUGGCUUGUGAGCAGAAAGCUGCUUAA